CACUCGCAAGAAAGUGACUAAACUGAAUCCGUCGUCGUCGUUUGAAAAAUUUGCGCGCGCGCCUUAACCUCUGAAGAAUUCACGAAACAAAAAAAAAACGCGUGUGUAAAAAGAUUUGGUCGAAUUUCUUCGCGGGCCAGAAUUUCAGUCGGUGUCCAGAGCUUGACUUGAGCAGAUUGCAGUGCCGUGGUCCGAGCAGAGUUUGGAAAGCGAGUGUUCGAGUUCGAGUCCCUCGCUGCCAACAGAACGAAGCAAAAAAAUAAGUAAAAGAAGAAAAGUUGAGAGUUUUUUGCCGGUAGUGAAUUUUGAAACAAAAUUUGUGCAAAAAAAAAAACAAAAUCGUAACAAAAGCCACGUGAGUUUGGAUAACACGUGAGCAAGAAAGUAACAAAUUUCAAGUGGUUGACGGAGCAAAAGGUCUGUCAACAGUGAAGUAAGCCAGUAGUGACAGCAAGAGAAAGAGAUUGUGGCCAAACUGUCCGACCAGGAGUCAUCGUCUGCCAGUAGUGCUAGCGGUAGUGAGUUAGAAAAGGUCAACACCAUGACGGACGUAGCUCACGAGCUCGGAGCCCUGCGGUUGAUAGUGGACUCCCCGCUGUCGUCCAAGGUCGCCAUGUUUAACAACCGUGAGAAGAGCCACACCGAGUCCCAGCUGACGAAUCCCUUCUCGGAGUCGCACGGUGGGAUGCAACGGCUCAAGAUCAGCAAAGAGGAGUACGGCAGACCAAAGGCCGGCAGCCUCACCGAGUACCGCGGCAAGAAGGCCAACAUCCAGGUGUACCAGGAGAUGCUGGAGCUGUGCACCGUCAUCAACGACGAGGGCCACUCGGUCUCGAAGCAGACGCCCGAGAUCCGGGGCAUCCUGUUCGGGGAGCUGUUCAAUAUCUACACCCACAUCAACGACAAGCUGGUGGGGCUGCUGCUUCGCGCCCGCAAGCACGAACUGAUCGCGUUCGAGGGCGAGGUUCUGUUCCAGCGCCGCGACGACAACGUGCCCAUCCUGCUGCUGAAACCGAUCCGGGAAAUCCGCGAGAUCAUGGUCGGCAAGCAGACCGAAAUCCGCCGGAGUCUCAGUCCGAACCCGCAGCCCACCAACAUGUUGAAGUAGAGCGGGGGCGCAAAGUGACAGUGACCAGCUGUCAGUUGCGGGAACGAGUGAGCGAGAGUGUGUUCGAACGCGCGCGUGACUUGAAUUUGGUACCGAAAAGCGUAAUUUGUAUAUUUUAGAAGAUGUUUUGUUCGUAUCAAACGCGAUCCCUGUGAGUGUGAUUGAGAGAGAGAGUGUGAAUUUCCUACCAAUUGGAUCAAAUUGAAAGACAUAUGAUAUUUGUUUCUGCUGUUUAACGUUUGACAUUUCGUUGGGACAAAAUUUCGCAGUGACACUGUAUACUAAUCAAACUGAAAAAGCAAAACUGUCAAAAUGUCGACGGCAGGAUGCAUUGUUUGUUUAUUCCACGUGAUGAAAUGAAACAGUUGUGGUGUGAAUGAUUCGUAUCGGUAGUGUUAGGCGAAUAUACUAAAACAAACAGAACCAAAAAUAGUCCAUAAGUCUACUAAACUGACUCUUACAAACAUACCUUGAUAAUUUAUUAUCUAGUAAGGCUUUUUCUUCUAUCCCUUUCUUUUCCUUUUCCUCUCCACUUAUCUUUCGUUCGAUCAGAUAUUUGUUGUGCAAUAUUUAGUUGUUAUUCAGUUUUUCUCAUCCUUCUUUCUUUUCACUUCCCAUUCGGAAGCAAACUCCACUUUUCCUUUCUUCUGUGUAGCUGCGCGGUAGUCACAGUAUUAAAAUGCUCUUGUACAAGACGAAACAGAAAACACGCAACGCCGCAAGAGUGUAGGUAAACAAAGCGAAGAUGAACACACGCACAAAGCAAGCAAAUCUUCGGGAAGUAAACAAAACAAAACACGCCACAAGUCGUGGGAAUUUCAAACUUUAUCCAAGUAAGCCAGUGGUUUGGGAAAGAGCAUCGGAAGAAACAAUAGCCAGCCAACAUCUUAAUGUUACCCUAUUGACUGAUUUGUGCGUGCGUGCGUGCAUGCGUGAUUUCUGUUUGUGUAUAGGAAAUUCUUUGUUUAUGUAGCGAGAAAAGCAAACGAUAUGGUACUGUAAUUAGCUCAUUAAGUAGAGAUAAAAUAAAGGAGAAAAAAACUACUGUUUACAUUACCAUCAGGAA